AUGCGCUCUCUCUGGAGCGGCCUCUGGAAGUCGAAGCCGGCCCCAAAGCUGCCUGAGCAACCAAGAUCUCUCCCUGCCAGCGGCUUCCAGACUGUCGAUGCUGCUCAGCUGGUGGAAGAAGAAGAACUGCCAGACUACAAAGCCGAUAGGUUCUACCCUGUUCAUCUGGGGGAAGUCUUCCAAGGGCGUUAUCAAGUGCUGGGGAAACUCGGGUUUGGCUCUUCCUCGACCGUCUGGCUGGCUCGAGACCUCAAGUAA